GCUGAAAUUGAAAAAAAAUAUUUGGACUUCUCCACAGCGUGUAUUACAAAAUAAGAGGAUGUAAAACUACAGAAUCUCAUUACAAAUCUCCUUCAAGAAUCUCAUUCAUCAAUAGAUCUGACAUCUACCGAUAGAUAUGAAGCAUGUAAAAGUAAACAUCCGCUAAAUGUAUUGUUUAUUGAAUCUCAAACAUAAGUUUUACUCCUUAUAGUCAUUUGGUGACUUACAAUUUUUUUUAUGAAAACUGCACUGGAAUAAUUGACUGAUAAACUAGAACUCCCACCAAGAAUUAAGAUAGGAUAGAAAGUUGGGAGCAUCAUGGUAUGACAAAAGAAAAUAGCUGAUAUAUUACACUCGAUAAAUAAGAACACUAUACUGAGAAGCAUAACAUACAAGAGUACUAUAUAAUAGGAAUGACAAAAUAGAACAGGUUGGUGCUAGAGGAUUGCCUUUAAUGGGACAACAGCUGAAAGCAAAAAGAACCAAACCAAGUGCAGUGUAGAUGACCAUAAACGAACUGAAAUAUGACAGAAAUAUCACGAGUUAAACGAAUGCUGAUCUUCACAGCUGGGUUUAUUGAGGCUUUACUAUUCGCUGGUUGUAUAUUUGGCUGGUCAUCUUUGCUGUUUGUCUUGAAGGAAGAUGGGAUUUACAGCAACCUCUGCAAUGCAGUUGAUGCAACAAUAAACAAUGGCACACAGUCAUUGAACUACACUGAAGAAGUUGUAGUGGAUGUUGGUGUAGUAGAGCUAAACCCUAACAGUACCAUCCAAGUGGACAUUCCACUGCCAGGGAGUACUGCGGCAACUGAGGUGCUACAGCAUGUGCCUCCACAUCAACAUAAGUACCCCACCUGUGCAGAGCAAGAUUCUAUGCUGGCCCUUGUGUUCACCAUCGCCAACUUGUGUUUCACCCUCUAUAACCCUUUAAUCGGGACCAUCUUUGACAAGUUUGGCACUAGACUGAGCAGACUCAUGGCGAGCACAUUGCUGAUAUCUGGUGGCAUAUUCUUGGCGUUCACAACUACAGAUAUACCUCAUCUGAUUUUCCCCGGCAUGUCUCUGUUUGCUAUGGGAGGUAUGCAGUUGUAUGUCUCAAAUCUACAGAUUGGCAGCAUGUUUGGGAAGAGGCAGUCUACAGUUGUGACAAUAUAUAGUGGUUCUUUUGAUACAUCAUCUGUAGGAUUUCUGCUUGUUAAGAUUGCAUAUGACAAUGGUAUAUCUCGUCAACAUUCCAUGUAUUUCUACACUUCAUUGGUUGCAAUUGUUCUACUUAACACAUUCCUCUUGAUGCCAAAGUUUAAAGUAUUUACAGAUGAGAAACAAACAAAGGGAGAGCAACUUGAGAAUGGGGAGGAGAUGAAAACACUAAGAUCUCAAAACACAAUCGAUGAAAAAAAUGAUGCAAAAACUGACAUUCAAGCUGAUAAUGAAGAUAAAUCUGACCAAAACUCACACCUUGCGGCUGAUAAUCAUACAGAUCUUCAAGAGGAUCACAUUGUGAAGGGAAAUGAAUCUAUUAAACCGAUAAAGAGAUAUGUGUUCAGUUUGCUAUAUAUGUUUCACAUUAUAUGGAUUACUAUAGGCCAGUUAAGGUUUAUAUUUCUGGUUGGCAGCAUGAAUGCUUUGCUGAAUGUCCGAGCCAAUGGAGACCAUGAGACAGUGAGCUUCCUAACAAAUGUACUUAGCUACUUCAUGAUGUGCGGGUUGUUAUGUGCGCCAUUCGCUGGCAUGAUCAUGGACAAGCAUUCCAGAAUUAUACAGAGCAAGAAAUCAAACAGUGCAAUGUCUCUUCUGGACAAUGCCUUAAGUACAUCAAUAGCAUUGACGAUUACGUGUAUAAUGAUGAUCGGUGUCUCUGUCUUGGUACUCAUCCCUGUUUUGGAAUUACUCUACAUCGCAUUCCUGUUUGUUGUCGUCUUCCGUUCAUUCCUCUAUGGGACAGCUAUAUCAUUUAUAGGAAAAGUCUUCCCAAUGCAGUAUUUUGGAAGCCUGCUUGGCCUCAUGUACUUCAUCUCUGGUGCCAUUGCCACCUUGCAGUUCCCACUGUUUAUAUGGGCAGAAGGACCACCAAAGGACCCUACCUAUCCGAAUGCAUUACUUCUGGCCCUUGCAGUUGUCUCUACAAUUCAUCCGAUAUACAUCAUUUUUAAACAUAAGCAAAGCAGUAAGCUCACUGGAUUGGGAUAAUGCUGGAUGAGUUAGAUCUAAGAACCAUCCAAAAAAUUGAAAUCAUGUUAAAGAAGUUGGGAUCAGAAGGUUCAAUGAUUUCAUUUGGGAAUUUACUUUUGCAUUGGACAUUCUCCAAAAUAGCCGAGAUGAUGAGGAUUUGUGUUUUUUGAAAAUAGUUUUGAUCUGAUUUUGUAUGUAAUGUGCCAGUUUCAUUGUGUAAUUUUAUUAAAGUUUAUAUAUUAUGGUACAUGUAUGUAAUCAAAACAGUGUUCAUUAUGUAUAAGUACUAUAUUGGUCAAUGUAAUACUUAAAGAGUGUUCAUAAGUAUACAUGAAAAUUAGUAUAAUGUAUUAGUACUGUACUGUUUUGUAUAUGUACUUACUAUGUAAAUUAAUUGUAACAUUUUUCAUGAUCUGCCAAGUACACAAAUACUGCCAUAAUAAUGCAUCAGUAUUUAUUGUUUUGCUAAAUGUGCAAAAUAUAUUAAAUACUGUUCAUUGUACUUAAUGUAAAUGUGUCCUAAGUCAUAAUACAUACCCUGUUUAUAAUGUAUCAAUACAGGAUUAGAAAAUGUGCUGAUACUCAUAGCAUGUAUCGAAUAAAUGCAUUGUUGUAAUUAUGUAGGUAUCAAUGUAGUAAACUUGAUACAUGUUAUAAAUAUAGUGUUUAUAAUAUAUCUUUCCAAAAAUGUAUGAAACAUAAUGUACAUUGUUAAGUUUUAACCUUAAUAUGAGUAUGUAAUUGUAUGAAUACUACAUUUAUGUAUGUUGUUUAGUAUGUACCCAGAAUUAUGUUAUAUGGAUGUAAUUUAUAUAGUUCAGUUUAUUAUUUUAUGUAUAUAAUUAUGAUAAAACAAUGCCUUAUAUAUUUAUUUUAUGAAUCUCACUUCAUUUAGUGUAUUCAGUAUAAUGUCAUCUCGAUUCUUUUAUGAAAAGUUGCAAUGUGUUUACUCCAAUGGUAGCUAUUCUGGAUCAUAUGGAGAUCCUUUAAAAUUGUCUUCUCGUUCACCCAUCCAAUUGUAUGUUCUUCAACAGUAUCAAACGAAUGCAAACUGCCAUUCGUCUGAACCAUUGCUGCUCAUAUCAAAAUAUUCAAGAUGUAUACUAUACCACCGUCAUUGCAAACCAAUCUUUUGGUAACUUGUGAAUGAAGCAAUUACGGUACUAGUACUGUGAUUUUCCUUCAUGUGAGUCCACUGUUUGGUGCCAUUAUAGAUUU